GUGACUCCGCGCUCUUCACUCCUCUUCCCUUCUUCCAACAGUACUCUCUCCACUCAGGACCGAAGUACCUCGUUUCCCCAUCGUAUGAGCGUUCAGAACCUUGAGAAGUACGACCCCUUCGCAGACGAGGGCGACCCUAUUGGCGACGUUGAAUCUAGCAAGAAUUACAUACAUAUUCGUUUGCAGCAACGUAAUGGUCGUAAGACACUGACCACGUUGCAAGGACUGCCUAAAAUAUACGACUCCAAAAAACUGUUGAAAGCUUUCAAGAAGGAAUUUGCCUGCAACGGGACCCUUGUCGAAGACGAAGAACUCGGUCAGGUUAUUCAGCUUCAGGGGGACCAGCGUGUGAAGAUAGCCGAGUUCCUUGUUGUUGAAGGCAUCGAGAAGAAGAUCAUCAAGAUACACGGUGCCUGAACAUUCCGUCUGCUCUGCGGCUUUCGCUGGAAAAUCUUUUUGUCUUUCUCCAUUACGUUUCAUCAUUCCAUCGUCGUGCCUCCUGUGACAUCAGCUUUUGCCACAUUGGAACUACAGUGACUUUUCAGGGAAUUGUUUAGUUCGUCUUGUUGAUGAUCUCUUUCUACAUGUUCAUCGCUUUGUACUUGUUGAAUCCCAUUGCGUUUAUUGCCACCCCGAUGCCGCAAGGGUGAGUUCCCGACUCUCCUCCGUGUCGAGAGGAACUGCAUGGUUGAUG